AUGCUCAGUUUAGUGUGUAUUGCUAGAGAGGUUUUUUUUUUUUCUCUUGGGACAGUGCAUGUGAUCAGCACAGGGCCACUAAGCACUGUCCAGACAGAGAGGUUAGGGAUUCUGCAUCCUCCUAGAGCAGAAAGAAAACUCCUCCUACAAGCUUUAGGUAGUGCUUGGCUGAACACCAUAGAAGUCACAAGACUGCUCUAACUGCUGGUGAGAAAAGGUAUUUAGCAGUUUAUAUUUACUAAAAUAAUUGCAGAUUCAUGUUGUGUGUACUGUGGGAGACCAGAUAUAGUGAAUGCAGGGUCCUGGG